UUCAUGCUAAAUGGGUAGCAACAAUGAUCAAUUUUAUUUCAAGAUCACAAUUUCUUAUCUUUUGCAACGAUAUCACAGUAACCAAAACAAUAAAUUCAGAACGAUAUUUGUGCAAUGGAUAAAUAUGUGUGCUUUAUAUUAUCUAAAGAUCAGAAAAGAUUGGAUGUUCACUUCUGUAGUCUUCAAAUUGUUGAGUAAACUUCCAAUAAUGUCUGGCGAUAGUUUCUUACCCUUACAAGAGGAAUUUGCAACACUUGCGAUUCACGAAGCUCAAGAACCGGAACAGUGGUCAUGCAUGGAGGUUGUUACCCCAUUAUCAACAUCUACGACAUUCAAACAAAAUGGUCCUGCCGAUUUCAAGAAAUACGAAUAUAGUAGAAGUGGAAAUCCCACCAGAGAAGUUUUGGAGAAGGUAAUCGCAAAGCUGGAAGAUGGCAAACAUGGAUUUUGUUUCAGUUCUGGUUUGGGGGCAAAUACUACACUGCUUGGAUUACUGAAAUCUGGAGAUCAUAUUCUUUGUAUUAACGAUGUUUACGGCGGAACCAACAGAUUGUUUACCAAAGUUGCUAGUAGGUUUGGAAUAGAAACAAGUUUUUCGGAGAUAGAAGCUGACAGUUUUGAGAAGAAUUUGAGGAAAAAUACUAAGAUGAUAUGGAUUGAAACUCCUACUAAUCCUACCCUUCAGGUAUGUGAUAUACAACGAGUGGCAGACAUCUCCAAAAAAAAUAAUGUGAUUCUAGUAGUUGAUAAUACGUUCUUAACACCAUAUUUUCAAAAACCUUUGAUGCUAGGGGCAGAUAUUGUGGUACAUUCAAUCACUAAAUACAUGAAUGGUCAUUCUGAUGUCGUCAUGGGAGCAGUUGUAUGUAGCAAUGAGGAGUUAUCUAAGGAAAUAAAAUUCCUUCAAAAUGCUAUGGGUACUGUGCCAUCUCCUUUUGACUGUUAUCAGGUGCUAAGAAGCUUGAAAACCCUUGCCUUGAGAAUGAAACAACAUUCUGAGAGUUCUCUUCACAUAGCAAAGUAUUUGGAAAGCCAUCCAAAAGUUGAAAAAGUGAUACACCCUGGUUUAUCAAACCAUCCCCAGUAUGAAUUAACUAAACGUCAAACUAGUGGACAUAGUGGAAUGCUUUCCUUUUAUAUCAAGGGAGACAUAGAUUCCUCAAAAAAAUUCCUGCAAUCCCUCAAAAUAUUUACACUAGCUGAGAGUUUAGGAGGUUAUGAAAGUUUGGCUGAAUUACCAGCAGUUAUGACCCAUUCUUCAGUUCCUGCGGACCAGAGGGAAAGAUUGAGAAUUACAGAUAAUUUGAUAAGAUUGUCAGUUGGUUUGGAGGAUGUCGGAAGUCUUGUGGCUGAUUUAGAACAAGCGUUAGCUGCAAUAUAAAUGUGAUUACAAGUGCCAUAUAAUUUUCAAAGAAUGUUCAAACUGGACAUUCUGUAGGAGUUUGAUGCUGACAAGGAAAAGCUUACUAGUAUAAUAUUAACUGUAAAUGAACUCUGUUCUUUAUGAGGGAUUUGUUUUAAACUUUGGUUUUAUUUCUUCAUUUGAUGAUGUAUAAAGAAUAAAAAUUGGGAGAUGUA